ACUUAUUUUAAAAAAUGGUUGAGUGCACUUCAGUUACCGUCUUUGCUGCUAUCGGUGCAGCUUUCAUUGGUUUCAAGCUCUUAACACUUUUAAAGACUCUUUUCGACACCUUUGUUGCUAGUGGUGUUUCUCUCAAGAAGUUUGGUGCAGGUGAAGGUGCAUGGGCAGUUGUUACGGGUGCCACUGAUGGUAUUGGCAAAGAAUUUGCUUUGCAACUUGCCAAAAAGAAGUUCAACGUUUUAUUAAUUUCUCGCACUGCUUCUAAGUUGGAAGCUGCCGCCAAGGAUAUCUCUGAACAAUUCGGUGUUGAAACUAAGACUUUCGCUAUGGAUUUUACUAAGGGCGAUGCCGAGGAUUUUAAAAAGGUUGGAGAGAUUAUUGAUUCUAUCAAGGUUGGUGUUUUGGUAAACAAUGUUGGUGUCAAUCACGAUAUCCCCACACCUUUUGUAGAAGAAGAUGACACUAUCAUCAACAACAUCAUUGAAGUCAAUAUUAAAGGUCUUAUGAAGAUGACCAAGCUCGUCCUUCCCCAAAUGAAAGCAAACCACAAGGGUCUUAUUUUCAAUAUGGGUUCUUUCGCUGGUUUAGUUCCCACCCCUUAUUUAUCUGUUUACUCUGCCGGUAAGGCAUUUUUGUCUACCUGGUCUCAAGCUUUAGGCACUGAGGUUGCCAAAGAUGGAAUUGUUGUUGAACAUGUUAACACCUACUUUGUCGUCUCUGCUAUGAGUAAGAUUCGUAAGCCCUCUCUCUUAAUCCCUACCGCUAAGAACUAUGUCGCCAGUGUCUUAUCCAAAGUCGGUGUCCCAUGUGGUGCUAAUGUUCCUUUUACUUCAACUCCUUAUCCCAUGCAUGGUGUUGUCAACUGGGCAAUUAACAACCUGCUCACUAACCAAUUCUGGGUUACUCAAAAUGACAAUAUCCAAAAGGAUAUUCGUAAGAGAGCUUUGCGUAAGCGUGAGCGUGAAGCUGCUGCUCGUAAGGCCGAAUAAAGGAUUAAAGAUCAAACUGUAAAAAAAUAUAGUGCAAAAAGGUUUAUUUGAUAUUGGUUAAAAUAUUUUAGUGCUCAUCUGCUAGCCAACGUUUUAGGGUUUGAUGUUGU